AUGAUGCUGUUCGUUAGCCUUGUCGGGCUUCUGUUUGGCUUGGUCAUCCGCACCUCUGCCACAAACAACACUGCUACUGUCGAGAAUUACCAGCAGGCACUGGAAGCACGACUGUUUCCAGAAUGGACGAGAUUCUGGCAAAGCCAUAGCACCACAUGGCUAUCGCAGCCUGGAAUCAGCGGCCUGCAAAACGUCCGAUAUGCUCGACUCCAGAACGCUUCCAACUGCAGCCCCUUGCCAACUUGCCUUGUCUCGGCGUAUGCAAUCUCACCAUCAGACCAAAGUACCAUUGCGGCGGCACUGAAAGCAAGUAAUGCGUCUGGGGCGCUUAUCUCGGCCUGGCCUCAGUAUGUCAACGGCACGAAUCACAUCCUCCGCGUGUACGGCGAUGGGGACUCGCCUCUGUAUCCUGAGAUCGACUCUAUAUCCUACACCGCAAAUUCAUCUGAAUAUGAGCUGUUCUUGGGGACCUUGAACAACUUCACAGCCACUGGGCAUCCUCCGCUUCCACCACCAAUCGAUGCUUUUGCCUUUGCCUCAUCGCUACUUUCCGCCAACGAUAGACUCGAAGCCAUAGCAUACCCAGAUCUCUGGAUUUCUCCCGAGCUCAAUGGUCCGGCCCUCAGACACUCUAGGCAUCUGGACUGGGACAGAUACAGAUACGCUGCGAUCUUAAUCCCUGGUGAGGGCCCAGAAAUUUAUGGUGUACCUCUGUCACCCCUGGGAAAGCUCCGCUCUCGAAUUGCAGCCUCAUUCUUCGCCAAGCCCAACACCGCCCCUUUUCUUAUACCAAGCGGCGGGAACGUUCAUCCCAAUCUCACCACCUACACCGAAGCUCUCGAGAUGUCGAAAUGGCUUCAGAGCCAGCUGAACGUCAAAGUGGACAACAUAGCUAUCGAACCGUACGCUCGCCACACAACGACGAAUCUGAGAAACGGAGCUCGUGUACUGCAAAGACUUGGGGCACCGAAAGGAAAGAAGGUGCUUAUAGUGACUGAUCGGAGUCAACGAGAUAGCAUUGCCAGUCGAAGCUUUGCCCUCCGAUGUCAAAACGAAUUGGGUUAUGUUACGGGAGACAUAGGGCCCACGUUAGGGUUGUUUGAAGUUGAGUGGGUGCCGGACUAUGGGAAGUGCGCAUUUGUUGAUCCCAUCGAUCCACUGGAUCCAUGA